UUUCCACACUGUAUGAUCUUUGAAUACUUUUGAUAUGACAUUGAUUUUAUAGUAUGUAUCUAGACUGUAUGAUCUCCAUGAUAAAAUGUUCAUGCAUUUAGAUAUAAUGCAUAUUAUAUCAGCGGUCCCAUCCUUUUUUCUAUUUAUAUGCUCCCCCUUGGUCAAAAUUAUUCAAAAGUACAACAUCUCCUUCCAUUGAUAUGCAGAUGACACACAGCUUUAUCUCCCCCUGAAACCUAACGACCGGUGAAAUCUAAAGUCUCUUGGUCUGCCUUGAGGACAUCAAGUGUUGGAUGGCACAAAAUGUCCUACAAUUAAAUGAAUAUAAGACUGAAGUUCUAUUAUUCGGCCCCCCUGACUCCAUCAAACUGACCACCAGCCGCCUAGGCAAUCUGUCUACUCUGGUCAAGGCCCAAGUCAAAAACCUUGGUGUUAUAUUCGAUUCAGUCUUUAAAUUUCACAAACAGGUUAAUGCAGUAGUUAAACCAGCUUCUUCCAACUUCACACAAUUGCCAAAAUCAAGUCUUUCCUGUCACCCAAAGAUCUUGAGAUGGUCAUCCACGCCUUCAUAUCCUUAAGCAAUGACUAUUAGAAAAAAACAUCAGAUGGGCAGCCGCCAGCGAUAAAAAACCCAAUGAGACACUCCUAGCACUUGAGUCCACGACUUUUCUCUUCUUUUCCUGAACUAGUCUUGUGCAUAAUGUUGUCUGUCAAGAUUUUAUUUUUACCCAUAUGCUGGCCUUUAUUUCCUUCUUUAUUUUUUAUUAUUUAAGAUAUAUAUAUAUAUUUUUUUCCUGGGGGUUGUGGGUUGGAGAGGGGCUGAUGGGAGGUUUGGGGAUUGUUGGCUUUUGUUGUUUAUGUUGUUGUAAAAUUUCAGAAAACAUGAAGGAAAACGCUCUUACCUUUUUAUUUUUAUUCUGUAUAACCCCAACAUAGCCUUCAUUCAAAUAUAUAUAUUUUUCUAAAAAGCCAUCAGGACCUAGUUCAGCUUCUGUUCAGCAAUUGUUUUAGGAGGAACAGGGAACAGGGAAUUUCCGAGACGGACUCGUUUGACUUGUCUGACUGGUUUGCAACAUGCAGACCUAGGUCAGUGACAGGGAGCAGAGCUACACAUUUCUACAGAGCUAGAGUGGUGGAUAGCAGCUGUGCUGGUAAGUGAGCUUAUUACAUCAACCUAGUGGAAAACAAACAGUAAAUAUCAGUACAUCCAAAAGAGUGAACUUGGUGGGUGGGUGGGGGUACUUUCUAUGAAUUAUUUGACCAGUUUUGCUUAGUUAGUAGGACUGUGUGUAAUGCAAUACAUUUGAUGUGUGUUUACUUUACAGCCAAAAACAUGAAGCUGUUCCGUUCCUAUCGGUGGAUUCCAAUGGCUUUUGUCCUUGCCUGUCUGACAUUUUUUGGUAGUCUGCUUAUCCAAUGUCCUUCAUCGGUGAAUGCUGUUCAAAAACCUGAACAGGUCAUCCUUAAUACCACCAAUACCAUAGCUCUAAUAUGGUACUGGCCCUUUGGGAUGUCAUAUAAUCUGGGAGCCAAUAUUUGUCAUGACCUCUUCGAAAUACCAAACUGCAUCUUGGUGGAGGAUCGGUCCCGGUUCUCUGAGGCAGAUUUUGUGAUUUUCCACCACAGAGAGUUGUCCAAUGGACAACAGAAGUUGCCCGUGCACCUCACCCGACCACAGAAGCAGAGGUGGGUUUGGUUUUCUCAGGAAUGCCCAGAGAAUAAUUUGAAUAUGAAGCCCUUGGCCGGACACUUCAAUUUCACCAUGUCUUACCGCCUCGAUGCAGACAUCACUGCACCAUCUGGCAGGUUGGUACCACAGAACUUUGGAACUGGAUUGACAGUGGAAGAAUUCAUACCAAAGGACAAGUCUUCUUUGGCAUGUUGGGUGGUGAGUAACUUUUCACCACACCACAAAAGAACAGCUGUAUACAAUAAACUGAAAACAAUUAUACCAGUAGACGUGUAUGGUGGAGCAGUAAAUAAACGUCUAGAUGAUAAGACUCUGUUACCCACAAUCUCGCGCUGCUACUUCUACCUGGCCUUUGAGAACUCCAUAUCCAGAGACUACAUCACAGAGAAGUUUUGGUACAAUGCCCUCGUGGGUGGAGCUGUGCCUGUAGUUUUAGGUCCACCCCGGGAACAGUAUGAGGCAGUGGCACCAAAAGAUUCCUUCAUCCAUGUGGACGACUUCAGUUCCGUGGAGGAUCUUGGAGAAUUCCUUAGGAAACUGGCUGAGGAUAAGCAACGCUAUGCCUCCUAUUUCAACUGGCGACUGAAGUACACUGUGGAACCAAACAUGUGGAUUAAACGUACAUGUGAAUUCUGCUCCAAAGUUAGCAGCCUGCAAACACAUAAAGUAUACAAAGAUUUAGAUGCUUGGCAAAGGGAAUAAAGCAGGAGGGAAGUAAUUAAUUCCAUUCCGUGCUUUUCUGAGCCUGAUUAAUAUUUGAAAUAAAAAAAAAAAAACAUUGAAUACAAUUCUUUGUCUUGCGUUUAUGAACUGAUAUGUAAACUAAAUUGACAGAAUUACAGUCCUCUAUUUUUGGUAAAAGAUUGCAUUUCAAAAUGCAGUAGAUGUAUAAACUGAUAACAAUACAUACAAAUCUCCACAGAAUCACCAGACACACCACCAUAAAUAAUAACAGUCACCCACAGAAAUCCAUUGGCAAAUCCUGUUGCCAACAGCUGUUUUUAAACACAGACAGACAGACAACAGCAUUACUUCAUGGGUGGAGCUGUGCCUGUAGUUUUAGGUCCACCCUGGGAACAGUAUGAGGCAGUGGCACCAAAAGAUUCCUUCAUCCAUGUGGACGACUUCAGAUCAUUAGAGGAGCUUGGAGAAUCCCUUAGGAAACUGGCUGAGGAUAAGCAACAGUUUUUCUGUUUGCUGUAUGAGAGAAUCCCUCAUAUUUCAACUGGCGACUGAAGUACACUUUAAAAUGAAACAAGUGGAUUAAACAUCUAUGUGAAUUCUGCCCCAAAUGCUUGGCAAAGGGAAUAAAGCAGGACAGAAGUAAUUUAUUCAAUUCCGUGCUUUUCUGAGCGUGAUUGAUAUU